AUGUCCUUUUACGAAGAGACCGACGACGAGGAGUUCCUCUCUGAGGAGCUGCCCCCGCUCAAGCUCGACUUCGACGCGUUCCAGCGGCAGGUCUUGGAGUCCCCAGUGGCGCGCAAGGUCACGUCCUGGAAGCGCACCUCCCGCGGACGAGCACACGAGAUCUUCAUCGUAUAUGGCGAGGACGGCGUCCCGCCGGAGGGUUACGUCGCACGCUUUUCGCGCUACGUAGAGGAGCCGGCGAAGUUGCGCAGCGAAGCCGCCACCAUGCAAUACGUGCGAACGCACACCAGCAUCCCCGUCCCCGACAUCCUCGCCAUCUCCGAAAACCCUGCAAACGGCGUGGGCGCCCAAUUCGUCUUGAUGGGCCGCGCGCCCGGCGCACCCCUCGACACGCUGUGGCCAGCACUCAGCGACGAUCACAAACGUGUCGCCCUCCGCCAGAUCGCCAGCGUCCUCGCCCAGCUCGCCACCCUUCGCUUCGACAAGAUCGGCUCGCUGCGUGACGACGGCACGGUCGGGCCACUCAUCUACGCGCGUGGGCAGCGUGGCACGGACCGCGUCGAGGCACACGCCAUGGGGCCCUUCACCGACACGCUCAGCUGGCUCGAGGCGUACCUGAGUGUCAUUGGCGAGCUCGCCGAACACCUGCGCCCGAAGCUCGCUGAGGUGGCGACGCUGCUGCGCGAGUGCACGGCAGAACCGGGGCCGCCACUGGCGCCACCGUUCAGGCUCAUGCACAUGGACUUCGACGCGCAGAACUUGAUGUUCUCGAACCCGAGCGUUACCGGGGAAGAACCGAAGCUGACGAGCGUGAUCGACUGGGAAUACGCGCAAACCGGCCCGCUAUACUACCUAUACGAGUACCCUGCCUUCUUAGUUGACGGCAUGACGGAGGAGGAGCAGGCAGAGAAUAGCGAGUGGCGGGACUUCCUGGCAAAGGCGAUAUGGGAACAAUUUCCCGAGGACUCGGAGGAGCGGGAGGAGGCGAUGGCAUGCUUGCCGGAUGGGAGGUCUUCGCGAUUAAAUGGCUUCAAGGACCUCUUCAUCACGCAUUGCAAUGUCGACCUUGUCGACGCCGCUGUUGGAGACUAUGUUCAGGAGGAAAAGGCAGGGACUGGGAAGCCUUACGGCCGACUGUCGGACAGUGGGUCAGCAACAGCCAGUGAUUGAGAUGUUCGUUCACGCUUGGCUGGCUUCGUGUCCGAAGUGAUUCGCCCUUGGAAGCCCACCUAGAAAAGAUGAUAGAAAGUCAAGAACUCCCGGAGUGCAGUUCGCCGUUUAUUGGUUUGUUUUGUAGCGUUGACAUGUACAACGGCUUGCAGUACAUACUCGGGAAGUAGGGCACUUCGUAUCUAUAGCAGUAUAUAUGUAGCAAAGGAAGCUGUAUCAAUAUUUCUGACCUUGA